AUGAAAGAGAACUCGGGAGAAAAGAUCAAUUUCAUCAACCAGGACAGCUUCCAACCAGGACAGCUCCGCGGCAGCUUCAGCAUUUACCCUCCAUUUCCCGGAGAGGAGAGCUCGCUGAGGUGGGCAGGAAAGAAAUUUGAGGAGACCCCAAUCGCACACAUUAAGGCCUCCUACAACAACACCCAGAUUCAGGUCGUGUCUGCCACACACCAGCCACUGGCCCGGGCAUCCUGUGGCACAGAGGGUUUCCGAAAUGCCAAGAAGGGCACCGGCAUCGCAGCACAGACCACAGGUAUCGCCGCGGCAGCGAAAGCUACUGGGAAGGGUGUGACCCACGUCCGAGUCGUGGUGAAAGGCCUGGGGCCCGGGCGCCUGGCUGCUAUCAAAGGGCUGGCCAUGGGCGGCCUGGAGGUGAUCUCCAUCACAGACAACACCCCCAUCCCACACAACGGCUGCCGCCCCCGCAAGGCACGAAGGCUGUGAGGACAGGAAGCCGGAGCCUGACCAGAAGUCGUGUCCAGCAGGGCCUCGCCAGAAUGCUGCUCUCCAGAGGGCGUCUGAGAGGCAAGGGAACAGGACUCACCUCCUCAUGCGGCAUCCUUUGCCUCUCCUUCGGCGCAGAUGAGAGACCAGGCCGGGCCUGCACAGGAGGGGACAGCU